AUGAUGAAUAAUUUAAAUAUUAUCACUUCAUCAUCCUUAUCACAAUCACUAUUGCCAUUAUUUCCCUUCGUUUCCUCAUCAUCAUUAGCAAUAUCAUCAUCACCACCAUUAUCAACAUCGUUAUCAUCGCCAUUAUCAUCACCAACCAAAUCAAUAAAUCCCAAAGCAAUAAUGGACCUAUGCGGAAAACGACAUAUAAUGCUGGAUUACAAACAUCCGGAAUAUGUAAUUAAUUACCCGGCUACUUUUACCUCCAAUAAUACGGAUUAUAAAUAUCAGGAAAGAAGUUAUUUAGCAUCGGAAGAAAAGAAGAACGAGCGACAACUUCCUUAUCCGUUGGAUUUCUAUAUCAAAAAUGAUAAUCCUUUAUUUCACUGCCAGUGGCUUAUCACAACUGAUUCAUAUCAUAGUAUUGGAGCAGAAAUUAAAUUUGGCGAUGAAAGUGACUAUUUUUUGAAUAUUACAAACGAGAAUGCUCUUCAAAAGAAGUGA